AUGAAGAAGUGCAAUGCAUUCUUACAGAACAAGCUACCAUCGAAACUGAAAGACCUUGAAAGCUUUACGAUACCUUGUAACAUCAGAGAAUCAUACUGCGGUAAAGCUUUGUGCAACCUUGGAGCAAACAUCAACUUAAUGCCUAAAUCUAUUUUCAAACUGUUGGGAAUAGGUGAAGUAAGACCCACUAUUAUGACACUUCAACUUGCGGAUCGUUCGUUUGCAUAUCCCAAGGGAAAGAUAGAGGAUGUCUUGGUAAGAGUUGAUAGGUCUAUUUUUCCUGCUGACUUUAUUGUGUUAGACUUUGAAGUAGAUAAGGAAGUUCCAAUCAUCUUAGGGAGACCUUUCCUAGCCACGGGAAGAACGUUAAUAGAUGUGCAAAAAGGAGAACUUAUAAUGAGAGUUCAAGAAAACCAGGUAACAUUUAACGUACUGAAGGCCAUGAAAUUUCCCUGUCCGACGAAAGAAUGUUUAGUUAUAGAGGAAUUAGAAGCCUUAGUUUCUAUGGAAAGCAAUUUUGAAGAAGACCCGUCAGAGAACACUUUAGGGUCUGAACCCUUGGAAGAUGAAAAAUGUAUGAAGGUACCAAAGUAUUUACUCACGAAGAAAGAUGCUAAACCAAGGCUAAAUCGAUGGAUACUUUUGCUCCAAGAAUUUGAUCUUAAGAUCCAAGAUAGAAAAUGUGUCGGAAAUCAAGUAGCUGACCAUCUAUCGAGGCUGGAACAAAAUGAGGUAACUUCUUCACUCGUUCCAAUUAAUGAGAAUUUUCCUAAUGAGCAUAUCUUCGAGGAUCAAUUUUUGUUUAAACAAUGUGCAGAUAAUAUAAUCAGGAAGUGCGUAGCUGAAAGUGAAAUUGACGAGAUUUUGUACCACUAUCAUUCAUCUCUGAGUGGGGGACACUUUUGUGGUUCCAGUACAGCAGUGAAGAUUUUACAAACUGGAUUCUUUUGGCCUACAGUGUUUAAGGAUAUGUGGCUUAAGUGGUUGCUUGACAAGUAUGAUGUGAAGCAUAAGAUUGCUGCUGCCUAUCACCCACAGUCAAAUGGGCAAGUUGGAAGGGUGAAUUGA